AUGUUCAUCGCCAAGAUCGCCUUUAUCAUCGUCGCCAUCGGUUUUUGCACCGGUGGUACCAUCCGAAACUAUCGCAUGGAAGGCGGUACCGACGCCGCAGAAGGCCAGUUUCCCUUCCAGGUUUCCAUCCAGUUCUGCAUACUGGGUUUCUGCGAGCACGCCUGCGGCGGCGUCAUAAUCGACAAAAACUGGAUACUCACAUCGGCAGCUUGCAUAGGUGACGCCCAAAAAGUUGUGGUUGGUCAAACCAAUUUGCACGAUAACAGAACGUUGGUGGACGUUGAGAAAACAUUCGCACACGAGGGAUUCGAUGAGGACACCGGAAUUUCACCGAACGACAUCGGUUUACUCAAACUGGCGGAACCUCUCACCUUCAACGAUACAGUAAAUGUAGCUAAAUUGCCCCAACAGGGACAAACUUUCAACGGUACAGCCACAUUGUCGGGUUACGGGUACUCUUUAUUGCCGGAAUUCAACAAACUCCAAUACGUCUCGGACUUGAACAUCACCACGUUCGAAAAAUGCAAAAGCGCCAUCGACGCGAUCGUCUCCGAUGGAGAUCCUCUGGACGAGAAGAGCAAUUUGUGCACGUUGAACGAAGAAGCCAAUAAUUGCGAUGGAGAUGCCGGCGGACCUUUGUCGCAAGAUGGAGUCGUUAUUGGUAUAGUCACGUGGUAUUUCGAUCCUUGCAACAUUAAAGGGGCGCCGAAUGUGUACACGAACGUCGCCAAUUUCGUCGAUUGGAUCAAUGGUACCAUUUCCAAAAACCAAUAA